AUGCCAGACGCAGCCUCCGAACAGGAAAGUGUUGUUUAUAAAGGAAAUAAACGCACAACCACAAGAGAGUGCAUUAUAUUGAUUGACCAGGCUAAUAAAAGAUUGAUCUUGGAACGCCUUUCCAGUGCAAUUCACGUCAAAAGGUCGCAGAGAUUUGGUGCUCAAAUUGUCCCUGGAAAGAGGCUGUGCCAGUCCUCUAAAUACCCAGCCGAAAAUAUAUUGCCCACAGUUCCAGAAAACGUUGAGAAAAGCGAGAAUUUGGUUAAAAUAGCAGAGAAUUCUUUUCCCUCGAAGCUGCAAAAUUUAUCAGACUCGGAAUCAGACUCCCAUGUUGAGGACGACAUGGAAAAUGUUGUUGCCAGGCAUCCCAAGGAAUAUCUUCUUGGUUUAUUCGUUUUUUCAAUUUAG